AUGGCUGAUGAAGAGAAUAUUCACAAAACGCUCCAGCCCCUGUCCCACGUCCUGCCUCCCCUCUCCAGAGCCACCCUGCCCCUCGUCUUAGAGAGCACCAAGCUGGGAAAGUUCCACAAGUCAAUCUCCUACACGGUGAAUAGUCAUCACCGAAGCCAUGUCCUGGUUCAGUCCCAGCUGGUCCCUGUGGUCCUCCAGCUGUCCCAGAGCCAGGUGGUCCUGUCCCCUUCCCCCAGCUACCUGGCCCAGUCGGGCUACAGGGGUACUGUGACCCUGGUCAACCCCAGGAACCACCCGGCUGACUUCACCUGGAGGCCCAUCAUCACAGAGACGGGCCUGGCCUUCUCCAUACGCCCAGCCACAGGACCGCAACGCUACACAACACAGGACACAACCAUGCCUACUUCCAGGGUGUGGUACCUGUGGGGGCAGGCAGAGGUCCAGGUGCACCUCAACCCCGGAGCUGUCAUGAAGUUUGACACCAGAGUGGAGAUAGCUCUAAGGAACAUGAAAUCUCUGGAGCUGAGAGUGGGCGGGUCUGUCGAGCCCCCCCUGGUGGACAUCAAUGUGAAAUCCUUCCUGUUCCACGGGGUGUAUUCUGGUUCCAGUCGUGGCGUUCCGUUCUCCCUGAGGAACCGAUCCUCUGCCCUGGCCCGGGUCCAGUUUGACCUGUCAGAACACACUGACUUCACCAUCCACUUCCCUCCACACUCUGCAGGUACGAGCCAGGAGCCAGACGUGUUUGUGAUGGAUUUACAGGGGCAGCAGACUGCCCAGUGUUGCCUGGUGUUCUCCCCUAAACAAGUGGCAGCGUAUGACUUCAACCUGCCUGUGACGGUCAACGGUGUGGGCAUGCCUCCCUUCUCCUCUUCCUUCUCCUCCGACCCUCCCAACUCUGUCCCCAAGUCCUCCUCUUCCCGGGACCAACACAUCGUCACCCCGCGCCCGCUGCCCAUCGCCAUGGAGACGCUAUCACGCAGGGUGCAGGCCACAGUAUAUUAG